CCAUAACCUCUAACCUUACUUGCAUUGUGCUCUGUGCUUGUUGUUUUGUUCUUGUCCCUUUGUGGCUGAAGUGGAAUUUAAUCAAUUUAUGUCUAUUAUAAAGUCCCAAUAUUUCAUUUAAAUCCAGUUGCCGGUCAACUAGUAUUACUAACCUAAGGUGAGAUACUUCAAGCAGCAAUGAGUGAACCACACCCUGUGAAGCUUUAUAUCUAUGAUUUGUCAAAUGGACUAGCUGCGCUUCUCUCUCCAAAUUUGCUACAAAAAAGGGUUGAAGGAAUUUGGCAUACAAGUAUUGUGGUUUAUGGUGAAGAGUUUUUCUUUGGAGGCACAGGAAUCAGUCGAUGUAUACCGUGUCGGCUCCAAAGCGGGCACUCCGCGCACCCCCGGGCCUCGGCUUUGUCGCUCGUUCUCGCUCCAACGCUUACACUUCGGCGCGGACAUCGCGUCUCUCCCGCGGGUACAGUCCGAGCCGCUUUUCCAGCAUUCCUCGCAUUCUCAGUCGCCGAUCCCUCGAGUGUCCCUGCUCGUCAGGGGGAAACUCAGCUACGUCAACCUUUAAAAAUAGAAGAUCUUGGUACAACCGAGGUACCUCAAGAAGUUUUUGAAGACUACCUCCAUUCUCUAGGUCAACAAGAGUUUGCGCCAGGAACGUACAAACUUCUCAGUCACAAUUGUAACAAUUUCAGUGAUGAGCUAAGUAACUUUCUUACGGGCAGGAGUAUUCCAAAGUACAUUCUGGAUCUACCAUCUGAAGUCUUAGGAACGCCUUGGGGACAAUCUAUCUUACCUUUUUUGGAAAAUUUAGGCUCGUCCAUCAACAUAAAUACCCGAAGUGGAGACUCAAACCAUCAGGGAGCCGAGAAUAUUCACAGUAGACUAGACAUGGCCAACAGCAAUGGUAACGGUGCCAGUGAAUUGGUCGAGGAGACAGCUGAGGCGGCAGAAAAACCUUUAGCACAAGUCAUGGAAGAAAUGGAAGCAGAAGAAAAACUAGAGCGGGAAGAAAGGAAAAAGAACCGAGAACCUCCAAUUGUUUUCAAAAAUUUAGUAGAUGUUCGAGGAGAAUUUGACGAUCUUGUUUCAAUUAUUGACUCCAAGUUGACAACGGAUGAAAUGCAAAGUUUGGAAGAAUUGCAUCAGUACAUGUUGGAAGAUGAAGGAUCUUGGGCGCUUGGAGAAGGAUUCCUUAAUUUCAUCGGUAAACUCCUGAAUGACGGCACGAUACCCUCGGAGGCAAGGGUGCAUUUGUUAAAUGUGCUUGGGGCUGCUGCUUUGAAGGAUGACGUCAUUCUUCUCCUCCACCAAGACAGACGUGAUCAUGUGCUAAUGAACUAUGCUCAUGAUAUUGAGAGACUCCCAGUGCCUGAGCAGGAAUCAUUAGCUCUGGUUAUUUGUAAUCUAUUUGAAAACAUUAGUAGCUCAGAGUGGCUAUUGUACAUAUCUGAGUGGUCGUACAAUAAUCAAAUGAUAAGCAACAUUCGAGCGACCACAAAAGUAGCUGUCAACUGCUUGCUCUCAGAUGUUGAGACACUUCAAGACAGGGGUUCUGCUAUCAUUCACAACCUAGCUUGCAAGGAGGUAAAAACUGUGGUUUUUGAUGAUGUAGCUGUUGAGCUCACCAUGGCUCUCCUCCAGUUUUUCAAUGGAAGUCCAAAAGAGGAGUAUAUCUUCAGAUGUAUGAAAGCUCUGGCGAGAUUCUGCCAGAUUUCACAUCAAGAUGUUCCUCAACUAAUUCAGAUGAUCGGUCCGCCCCCAACCAAAUUCAAUGGCACCUCAGCACGCGUUGAUGAGCAAAUAGCUCUUGUUCAAAAGAAACUCAAGUAACUCUGCCUCUGGAUGAAUUCAUCUCGCUUUUCAAACCCAAUUUUUCAUUUAUACCUGUAAAUGAAUCUUCAAAUAUUGGAAUAAUAAAAAACAGAAAUGUGA